AUGGCCUACCACUCUUGGUUUCCCGCAUUACUACUCGGCGAGGAUUUUGGAGACUCGGACUUCGCGCGCUGGCUCCAUGUCGAGGGUAUUGAGAUUGAGAAUAAACCGUUUCGAGAAUAUCGGCUACAAUCAACGAAGGGCAGCGCACCUAGGCCUCCUCCGACUGUGUCGCCCUGCUCCGGGCUCGCUGAUCCUCCCAACGAAGGAGGGUAUCGACCACCACUGGACGAGCAAGUCGACCCGGGUGUCGCGAAGAAAUGGAGACGUUUUGACGGCGCCAUGUCUAGAGCGAAUAGUAUUCAAGAUGCCCCCCACGCGAGUGUCGUCGCACACACGUACGAUUAUCAUGACACUGGUGGAGCGUCUCCUCAUGGGACUUGCGCCGAACCUAGGGAUGGACUGUGUUGGCCAGAGGAUGGAUUCCUGAUUGACUUCAAAUCAGACCUCAUUUGGCAGGCCACGAUCUCCUUCGGAAGCCGCAACAACGAGGAGCCACGUACCUACUCAGACGACCCGCUCCUCGACAUCAUCUUCACGUUAGCGUUCAUUGUCCAGAAGACAGCUGCUACAUCCAUGAUGAUCCAAGAGGCUCCGACUCCAUAUCUAACCAACAUGCGAUCUCACGUACUCGCUGGCGCAGGUAUUCGAUGCAAUGCCAUAUGA